ACCAACUAAUGCUAAUAAUCUAAAUUCAUCAUCAUGUCUGUUUCCUUGGAUAUAGAAGCUUUUUAUCGUCGUCUCAAGAAAAUAUAUACUGCUUGGAAGGAUGCUAGUGGAGAUGACGGAUUCUCUAAAUCAGAUGCUGUUGUCGUGGCGAUGGGAAGUGAUGAAGAUGUUGUUUACUCAAAAUCCACAGCCAUCCAGACAUGGUUGUUUGGAUACGAGCUAACUGAUGUGAUCUUGGCUUUCUGUGAGAAUAGCAUAUCGUUCAUGGCAAGUAAAAAGAAAAUUGAGUUUUUGAAACCAGCGGCAAAUACAAAGAACAAUGAAAAUGCGAAUGGAAUUCCUGAAAUCAACUUAAUUCAGAGGGAGAAAGAUAACAACACUGAAAACUUCCAAAAAAUCAUUCAGUUCUUAAAGUCGAGCAAAAAUGGUAAAACAAUAGGAGUUUUUGCAAAAGAUAAAUUCUCGUCCAAAUUUAUUGAUGCAUGGAAUGAAGUGUUGAAAAAGUCUGACUUGAAUAAGAUUGAUGUAUCAGCAAAUGUGGCAUCAAUAAUGGCAGUCAAAGAAGAAUCGGAAUUGAAUCUACUGAGAAAAGCAUCAGGAAUUACCUUGGAAGUUUAUAGCAAAGUUUUCAAAGAAUAUAUGAAAGAUGUUAUUGAUGCUGAUAGGAGAGUUAAGCAUUUCAAAGUAGCGGAAUACGUUGAAAAAUCUCUUGAGGACAAACAGUAUCUACGUGGAGCAGAUCCAACUUAUGUGGAGUCUUGUUAUCCCCCCAUCGUACAGAGUGGCAGCAACUGCAACCUAAAGUUCAGUGUUACUAGUGACAAGAAUACCCUUCAGUUUGGUGUGAUCAUCUGUAUGCUCGGAGUCCGAUAUCGUUCCUAUUGUUCCAAUGUUGUUCGGACAUUGAUGGUCAAUCCGACGGAAAAAAUGCAAGAAAUUUAUACUUUUCUACUCAAUAUGGAAGAAGUUAUUUUUGAAAAAUUGCAGCAUGGUACUCCUUUGUGUGAUGUUUAUAAUGAGGUGAUAAAACGUACAAAAUCUGAGAAACCAGAACUUGUGAAUUCUUUCACCAGAAGUUUUGGAUUUUGUUGUGGAAUUGAAUUCAGAGAAAGUACUUAUGUGAUCAAUGGGAAAAAUCAAAUCAAGGCUAGGAAAGGAAUGGUCUUCAAUAUAAACAUUGGAAUUUCGAAUUUGGUGAAUGACGAAGCAAAAGAAGAUUCUGAAAAAAAAUAUGCUCUCUUCAUCGGAGAUACCGUUGUUGUCAAUGAUGGUGCUCCUGCUACUAAUUUAACGAAAGAUAAAAAGAGAGCGAAAAAUAUCUCGAUUUUUUUGAAAGAUGAAAGCGAGGAAGAAAGCGAAGAAGAACAACAACCUGCUGAGUUGUUGGGGAGAGGAGCAAGGAACGCAGUUCUGAAGGAGAAAACAAGGCAAGAACAAACUCUGGAAGAGAAACGUCGAUCUCAUCAGAAAGAAUUAUCGAAUCAGUUGAAUAACGAAGCAAAGAAGAGAAUGAUGGACAACAAGGAAGACGUACAAUCCUCACGGUCUAAAAAAUCCAAUGUCUCUUACAAGUCUUCUUCCUUGUUGCCUUUCAAAGAACCAGACAUUCAUGAUUUGAAAAUCUUCAUCGAUAAAAAAUAUGAGACCGUAGUACUGCCUAUUUUUGGUCUCCCUACGCCAUAUCACAUUUCUACUGUAAAGAAUAUCAGUAUGAGCACAGAAGGUGAUUAUUCAUACCUGAGAAUCAACUUUUUCUGCCCAGGAAGUGGGAUUGGACGAGUCGACAAUCAGGCUUAUGCAAAUAAUGACUCUACAUUUGUUAAAGAAUUAACAUAUCGAGCUCUUGCUGGAAAAGUUCCAGGUAAGGCUGAACCACCUGCUGCUAAUCUACAACUGGCAUUCCGACAAAUUAAAGACGUUCAGAAGAAAUUUAAAACAAGGGAAGCGGAAGAGAAAGAAAGAGAGGGCAUCGUCAAGCAAGACAAACUCGUUAUUAAUCCAAACAAGAACAAUCCAAAAUUAAAAGACUUGUACAUUCGACCUAACAUUGCUCACAGAAGAAUGCAAGGCCACCUGGAAGCACACACUAAUGGUUUCCGAUACACCUCUGUGCGUGGAGACAAAGUUGACAUUUUGUACAAUAAUAUAAAGCAUGCAAUAUUUCAACCUUGUGAUCGUGAGAUGAUUAUCGUGCUGCAUUUUCAUCUGAAGAACGCAAUCAUGUUUGGCAAGAAAAGACAUUCCGACGUUCAGUUUUACACCGAGGUUGGAGAAAUAACAACGGAUCUUGGAAAACUACAACACAUGAGAGACAGAGACGAUCUAUAUGCUGAACAGGCUGAAAGAGAGCUCAGGCACAAACUUAACACAGGAUUCAAGAGUUUCAUCGACAAAGUUGAGACAAUCUCACGUGGUGAAGUCGAGUUUGAUUCUCCAUUCAGAGAAUUGUCAUUCUUCGGAGUUCCUUUCCGAAGUACAUGUAUGGUUCAACCUACUUCUACUGCACUAAUCAAUUGUGUUGAAUGGCCUUCCUUUGUUGUGAGUUUGGACGACAUUGAACUUGUUCAUUUUGAGAGAGUGCAAUUCCAUUUGAAGAACUUUGACAUGGUCAUCGUUUUUAAAGAUUAUAAAAGAAAAGUAGAAGUCAUCAAUUCCAUACCAAUGCAAUCGCUUGAUCCAAUCAGAGAAUGGCUAAACUCAUGUGACAUUCGUUACACUGACGGAGUACAGUCUUUGAACUGGGCAAAAAUAUUGAAGACAAUUGUUGAUGAUCCCGAAGCUUUCUUUGAUCAGGGUGGAUGGAGCUUCCUUGAACCUGAGAGCGAUGAGGAUGCUGGAGAUGAUUCUGAAGAAGAAGAAGAGUUUGUUCCAGAGGAUGGUUCUGAAGCAGAAGGAUCCGAGACAGAUGAAGAUAGUGAUGAAGAUUAUUCAAGUGAGGCAGAAUCAUCCUUUGAUGAAGAAUCUUUAGGAAGUGGAGAAGAAAGCGGGAAAGACUGGGAUGAAUUAGAAGAGGAAGCAAAACGGGCUGAUCGAGGACAGUAUGAAGAGGAGGUAGUCACAAGUUCUUCGAAAAAAAGAAAGAGGGAUCAUAGUGGAAGUCGAAAAUCACACAAGAAGCGAAAAUAAAAAUAAGUUUCAGCCAAUCAAUGCUGAAGAUGUUGGUGUUUGCUACAUUAGCGAGAGUGAAAUUCUGUGCUUGUAUUUUUCAACACUAGGAAAUUUUUUGUACCUCAGAGUUUCGCUUUUGUAAAUAUUUUUGUGUUUUGUAUAAUAGUUACGAACUUGACUGCCAUAAUAGACUGCUCAUACCAACAUGUUAAAAUAACUGUCACGCACUCUCAAAGUAACUAAGUGGUAAUAUACUUAUGGUAACUUGUGUCUAUCUUUGCUAAAAGGGUCUGCUUAUCUUUCUCUCCACAUAGCUAAUCAUUUCUAGUCUGUGUUUCUUCUUUUAAUAAGUUGUUCUUAUCAUGCUGCCAAAAUAUGUUCCUUUUCCGAGUCCGUACAUGUCAAAACUUUGAUUAGAUUUGCCAUUGGUUCUUUGAAUUUCUGGUCUUUUCUUCUCGGCCUAUAGCAUUUGUUAGUGUUUAAGUUCCGACAAGAAUAUUCUCAAUAUUAUCUGUGGUCUCUACUUGUUUGAUACCAUUUGCUGAACAUCGUAUUAACUAGUUUUGUAUUUUGCAA